AUGGUUUCAACGAAGUACUUCCGUGGAGUCUGGCUGCUGGCUUCUAACAUCAACCUCCUGUACUUCUGUGUCUCUCAUGGGGAGAGUUUUGACUUAGCUGCAAGUGCAGACAACUGUGAAAAUUGUGGAGAGACUUUCUUCGUGAUUAUCUCCCAUCUGUUCCACUACAAGACUGAAGACAAAACAGGAGAAUCAACGACAACAGUUGUAGUCAGUUACAGUCAGUUACAGUUACAGUCAGUUACAGACAGUUGUAGUCAGUUACAGUCAGUUACAGUUACAGUCUGUUACAGUCAGUUACAGACAGUUGUAGUCAGUUACAGUCAGUUACAGUUACAGUCUGUUACAGUCAGUUACAGUCUGUUACAGUCUGUUACAGUCAGUUACAGUCAGUUACAGUCUGUUACAGUCAGUUACAGUUACAGUCUGUUACAGUCAGUUAUUGUCUGUUACAGUCUGUUACAGUCAGUUGUAGUCAGUUACAGUCAGUUACAGACAGCUGUAGUCAGUUACAGUCUGUUACAGUUACAGUCUGUUACAGUCAGUUACAGUCUGUUACAGUCUGUUACAGUCAGUUACAGUUACAGUUGUAGUCAGUUACAGUCUGUUACAGUUACAGUCUGUUACAGUCAGUUACAGACAGUUGUAGUCAGUUACAGUUACAGUCUGUUACAGUCAGUUACAGACAGUUGUAGUCAGUUACAGUCAGUUACAGUCUGUUACAGUCAGUUACAGUUACAGUCAAUUACAGUCUGUUACAGUCAGUUACAGUUACAGUCUGUUACAGUCAGUUACAGUCUGUUACAGUCUGUUACAGUCAGUUGUAGUCAGUUACAGUCAGUUACAGACAGUUGUAGUCAGUUACAGUCUGUUACAGUUACAGUCUGUUACAGUCAGUUACAGUCUGUUACAGUCUGUUACAGUCAGUUACAGUUGUAG